AUGGACCUGAGGGAUUUUUACCUGUUGGCUGCUCUGAUUGCCUGUUUAAGGCUGGAUUCAGCUAUAGCUCAAGAACUUAUUUACACUAUUAGAGAGGAGCUGCCUGAAAAUGUACCCAUAGGAAACAUACCAAAGGAUCUGAACAUUUCUCACAUCAAUGCUGCCACAGGGACCAGCACCAGCCUUGUCUACAGACUGGUUUCUAAAGCAGGGGAUGCCCCUUUGGUCAAAGUGUCCAGCACCACCGGGGAAAUCUUCACCACCUCUAAUAGAAUAGACAGAGAAAAACUCUGUGCUGGAGCCUCCUAUGCUGAAGAAAAUGAGUGUUUUUUUGAACUUGAAGUGGUGAUUCUCCCCAAUGACUUUUUUAGGCUGAUCAAAAUAAAAAUCAUUGUAAAAGAUACCAAUGACAAUGCACCUAUGUUUCCAUCCCCUGUCAUCAAUAUUUCCAUACCUGAAAACACGUUGAUCAACAGCCGCUUUCCAAUUCCAUCAGCAACUGAUCCGGACACUGGUUUCAACGGUGUACAGCACUAUGAACUGUUAAAUGGGCAGAGUGUCUUUGGAUUGGAUAUUGUUGAAACUCCGGAAGGAGAGAAAUGGCCACAACUGAUCGUACAGCAAAACUUGGAUAGAGAGCAGAAGGACACCUAUGUGAUGAAAAUCAAAGUAGAGGAUGGAGGAACCCCUCAGAAAUCCAGCACAGCCAUACUGCAAGUCACAGUAAGUGAUGUCAAUGAUAACAGGCCAGUUUUCAAAGAGAGUCAGGUGGAGGUUCACAUACCAGAGAAUGCCCCAGUAGGCACCUCUGUAAUUCAGCUUCAUGCUACAGAUGCAGAUGUAGGAAGCAAUGCAGAAAUCAGAUAUAUUUUUGGUGCCCAAGUUGCCCCUGCAACCAAAAGGCUCUUUGCUUUAAAUAACACAACAGGGCUGAUUACAGUGCAGAGGUCCUUAGAUCGAGAAGAGACUGCUAUUCACAAAGUGACAGUGCUGGCCAGUGACGGUAGCUCUACUCCUGCUCGGGCAACUGUUACCAUCAAUGUCACUGAUGUAAAUGAUAACCCUCCUAACAUAGACCUCAGGUACAUUAUAAGUCCCAUCAAUGGCACAGUAUACUUAUCUGAGAAAGAUCCUGUCAAUACAAAGAUUGCCCUAAUUACAGUUUCAGAUAAGGACACUGAUGUGAAUGGCAAAGUGAUCUGUUUCAUUGAGAGAGAGGUCCCAUUUCACUUGAAGGCAGUUUACGACAACCAGUAUUUGUUAGAGACCUCUUCCUUGUUGGACUAUGAGGGCACCAAAGAAUUCAGCUUUAAAAUUGUUGCCUCUGAUUCUGGCAAGCCCAGUUUGAACCAGACUGCCCUGGUAAGAGUUAAACUGGAGGAUGAAAAUGACAACCCUCCAAUUUUCAGCCAGCCUGUAAUUGAGCUGUCAGUUUCUGAAAACAACCGUCGUGGUCUAUACUUAACAACUAUUAGUGCCACAGACGAAGACAGUGGGAAAAAUGCAGACAUUGUUUAUCAGCUUGGCCCUAAUGCCUCCUUUUUCGAUCUGGAUCGAAAGACGGGAGUUUUGACAGCCUCCAGAGUUUUUGACAGAGAAGAGCAAGAACGUUUCAUUUUCACUGUAACAGCAAGGGACAACGGCACCCCUCCUCUGCAGAGUCAAGCGGCUGUAAUUGUUACUGUGCUGGAUGAAAAUGACAACAGUCCCAAAUUUACUCAUAAUCACUUUCAGUUUUUUGUAUCUGAGAACUUACCAAAGUAUAGCACUGUGGGAGUGAUCACAGUGACCGAUGCAGAUGCAGGGGAAAAUAAAGCAGUGACCCUUUCCAUCCUGAAUGAUAAUGAGAACUUUGUGCUGGAUCCUUACUCUGGAGUUAUAAAGUCCAAUGUUUCUUUUGAUCGAGAACAGCAGAGCUCGUACACCUUUGAUGUCAAGGCCAUUGAUGGAGGACAACCUCCUCGCUCUUCUACAGCGAAAGUAACAAUAAAUGUCAUGGACGUUAAUGAUAACAGCCCAGUUGUCAUCUACCCACCUUCUAAUACUUCUUUUAAGUUGGUGCCACUCUCAGCAAUCCCAGGCUCUGUGGUAGCAGAAGUAUUUGCUGUGGAUAUAGACACUGGAAUGAAUGCUGAACUUAAAUAUACAAUUGUAAGUGGAAAUAACAAAGGUUUAUUUCGUAUUGAUCCAGUGACAGGUAAUAUUACUCUGGAAGAAAAACCAGCUCUUACUGACGUGGGGCUGCAUCGUUUAGUGGUCAACAUAAGUGACUUGGGUUAUCCUAAAUCCUUGCAUACUCUUGUGCUUGUAUUUUUGUAUGUAAAUGACACUGCUGGAAAUGCCUCUUAUAUUUAUGACUUGAUACGUAGGACUAUGGAAACACCCUUGGACCGGAACAUAGGGGACAGUAGCCAACCCUAUCAAAAUGAGGACUAUCUUACUAUCAUGAUUGCUAUAGUGGCAGGUGCUAUGGUUGUGAUAGUGGUGAUAUUUGUCACGGUUCUGGUUCGCUGUCGACAUGCAUCUAGGUUCAAAGCGGCACAAAGGAGCAAGCAAGGUGCUGAAUGGAUGUCUCCCAAUCAGGAGAACAAACAGAACAAGAAAAAGAAAAGGAAGAAAAGGAAGUCUCCUAAAAGUUCUCUUUUGAACUUUGUUACCAUUGAGGAGUCGAAACCUGAUGAUGCUGUUCAUGAACCUAUCAACGGGACAAUAAGCCUUCCAGCUGAGCUGGAGGAGCAAAGUAUAGGAAGAUUUGACUGGGGCACAGCACCACCAACAACCUUUAAGCCUAACAGUCCUGAUCUUGCUAAGCAUUACAAAUCUGCCUCUCCACAGUCUGCUUUUCAUCUUAAACCUGACACUCCAGUAUCAGUGAAAAAGCAUCAUGUGAUUCAGGAACUUCCGUUGGACAACACCUUUGUUGGUGGUUGUGACACCCUUUCCAAACGCUCUUCCACUAGUUCAGAUCACUUCAGUGCCUCAGAGUGCAGUUCCCAAGGAGGCUUCAAGACAAAGGGCCCCUUACACACCAGACAGGUAAAUGAGCACUUUUACUGGUCUAUAAUCCCAGUAACUCAUGCGGAAUGUGCCACAAACAUGGGUCACCACAUAAGAGAGAGAGAGAGCUCUCACCACUCCUCCCAGCGCCGUGUUACGUUUCACCUCCCUGAUGGCUCCCAGGAAAGCUGCAGUGACAGUGGUCUAGGAGACCAUGAGCCUGUGGGUAGUGGAACCCUGAUCUCACACCCUCUCCCUCUGGUUCAGCCACAGGACGAAUUCUACGACCAGGCCUCUCCGGACAAGAGGACUGAAGCUGAUGGCAACUCUGACCCCAACUCUGAUGGGCCUCUUGGUCCACGAGGAUUAGCUGAAGCUACAGAGAUGUGUACUCAAGAAUGCCUGGUUUUGGGUCACUCCGAUAACUGUUGGAUGCCUCCCAGCCUGGGUCCAUACCAGCAGCCAAAGUCUCCUCUCUCCACCUUUGCACCUCAGAAAGAAUGGGUUAAGAAGGACAAACUAGUGAAUGGACACACGUUGACAAGAACCUGGAAAGAAGAUAGCAACAGAAACCAGUUCAGUGACCGAAAGCAGUAUGGUUCUGGUGAGGGCCAUUUCAACACUGGCAAUCACAUGACUGACAUUCCUUUGGCUAACUUGAAGUCUUAUAAACAGGCCUCAGGACCUGCUGAGAGUCCAAAGGAGCACCAGCUAUAA